AUGUUACGAAGGAGAUUUUUAUCCUCCCGUGGUAUAAAGAAUUUGCUUUAUAGAGAACCUGAAAACAAAAUACAAACUGUUUCCUGUAAAGUACGAUAUUACUCAAUUGAUCAGGUCAAGAAAAAGCACAAGAAAGACAUUGAAGACUGGAUCAAAACACAACUGAGAGAGCCCUUAAUAAUGACCAAUGUAUGUGAACGUCAUAAAAAUUUUGAACGGAAUGAUCCCAUAACCAAAAAUCUUGGUGGAUUAAAACCUCUCAGAAAUCAAUAUAAUAUAGUGAAAAACAAAGAUUUUGAAAUACUGUGGAAGCAAAAAUUUAAGAGAGCAGACCCUGACGUUUUAGAAACAAUUAUUAGUCUAUCUAACAACCAAAAAGUUUUAUUUUCUAUUGAACAACUAUUGAUUUUGGCAUAUUCGCUUCAUUUUUUGCGAAAUGACUACGAUAUUGGACGAAUAUAUAACGCAUAUGAACAAGUUAUUCCGUUGUUGGCAAGUCACGCCGAUAGGACCACAUACGGUAAAUUUAUCGAAAUUAUGCUGAUAGUACAAAAUAAUUUACAACAUUUUAACAUCUGUGAAACUUUAUUUUCAGAUUAUAUUAAAUACUGCAGAGUGAAUCCGCAAAUGAUUUCAUUAGGAUUGACUUCCUUCACCAAAAAUAAUAAUAUCCAACUAGCCGUGGAAUUUUACACUCAAGCGAUAACUAACCCUGAUACUUUCCCCAUUACUGAGAAGCAACUUUUUGAAUUUCUUCGAUGUCUGCAAAAAUACUUGGACAUAUCUAAUAUGAAGCAUGUUUUUUUUAUGUGGCUUAAAGUGAAAUGUAGUGAUGAGGAGUUUUCUUCGACUAAUCUCCCAUCGAUCAAAACUCUUACCAUAAUGCACAGAAUGUUUUUACGGCAUCCCAACACAGAUGAACUGAGAGAUUUUUUGACUCAUCCGGUGGUUGUAAGAACGGGAUAUGCUUCCAGUGUGCAAUUUGAUUUAGUUGAGUUUUGUCACUCUUUGUAUUCCACAGAGAGGAGUAUGGAAAAAAGCAUUGAUGACUUAAGAAUCAAGGAAAACGUCCACAAAUUCGUCAUCAAGUUAAAUAAUGACAUUUCGAUACGAAGAGAACUUUACAUGUCAGUUGUUAAAGCUUAUGUUUCCACCAACAACUUUUCAAGUCUAAAGAAUAUCUUGGAAAAAAUACAGAAUGACAAAUAUAUUGACAUAGAUGGUUCUUUCCAUUUAAGCAUUUCUAGAUAUUUUGUCAAUACUAAUCAAUUCGAAGCGCUGUUCAAAUACUAUUUUACCAUUAUUAAAAAUGGCAAUGGUAAAACCCGAUUGCGGCCUGCGUUCAUUCAACAAUUAUGGUCAUGUGCUGUAAAUGUGUAUCCAAUGCUAACAAAAGAAAUCACAAAUGACAUAUUAGUGACAUUGAGAAAGGAUGAGUACGGAAGGAGACUUGUAUGGUUGUACACAUUUUUACAAGAAGAAGCCCGUAUUUAUACGAGGAAGAUCAAUGGGGGAGAGGAGUCCUCUUUAUCACGAUUUAAUGUGAUCGAUUUCGAGAGAUUUGAAGAAUUUAAGAAAAAAGUUUCUCGCAAUGAUGUGUACGGAGCAGAGUCGGUAAUUUCGAAUAGCUUGAAAGACGGUAUUGCGCCCCAAUUUUGUUUUUUAUACGCUGUUUUGGAACUAUGUUUGAGCAGUUCUUUAACCAACAUGGCACAUGUAGUUGAUAAGAUAAUAAGGACCAGGUUCUGUUAUAUCCCAAUAAAAGUCGAUAUAUUAUGGUUGAAAUGGGACGUUGUUUCCAGUUACAGAUCAACUGAAAAGUUAUCGGCUGAACGCCUGACAGAAUUAGAAUAUAAAAUAAAGGAAUUUGAACGAACACAUCAAUUGGAGCUAUCAAUGCAGAAUUACCUACAACUUACUCAAAUAUGUUUUCACACACGUGAUUUUAAACAUGCUUGCUAUUUGAUUUCACAGGCUAGGAAAAUGUUGGACACUUCUGAUAAUAGGCAAUGGAUGAUGUACUAUAUGACAUCCUUGAAGCUAGCCGCAAGAAUGCAUGAAAGCGAACGAUUUAGCAAAACUUUAAAAGACUGGAACUGCAACCAAAGCGCAAGUCUAAUCACUCCAGGUUGCAUUAGACAAAUAAAGGGAUUUAUGAAAUAUUUCGAGAAAAGGUCAGCUUACAUGUCAACUACAACUCCCGUUGACACCAAGGAGAUAAAAGACCGAAUCGACGAAUUGGUGGUUAGAUAUGCGGACUACAAAUUCCAAGGACUAGAAAACAUGCGAAAAUUAACAAAUUUUUUAAAAGAAUGGUUUGAUGAAGAAAUUUUAUUAAGGAACAUCGAACAAAAUGAAAGGAAAAAAGAGCUUCUUAGGGAGCAUGAAAAGGGAGAAAUAUGA